AUGACGUUCACUCAGGUUGCAUUGUUGACCCUUCUCCCAACUGCGCCUCGCGACCCAGCCCUCUUUCAAGCAGACAUCAAAGACUUGAAAAUAGAGGCAUAUGAUCUCACAGUCAAAAAUAACAAAGAUGGAGACCCCAAUCCUGUUGGAGAGUGCCAUGGCCUACUUGGCGCACAAGGCGAGCCCAUUACAGGACCGAUUGAUAUCAUUCCUCGACAAACUAAUCCUCCUUCACCACCAAAACUCAAGACUGCAAUACUUCAGCACUUCAAAAUUCAGUUGCCAGCGCCUGUUAUUCGUCCAUUAUCCGUGGCUACUGCAGUCAUUGUACUGAAUGUCGACCCAAGCCAUUCAGAGUUCGACUCACUCGAUUUAAGACUUGUAAUAACAAGGAAUGGAAACUCGAUUGGCAAAAGCCCGCCUCUUGAAUUCAACGUCCCAGUCAGAAGUAUUCAAGAGCCGUUGCCAACAGAGCCUUCCACUUGGAUCGGGCUCGACUAUGAUUCCCAAAACGAGACCGACCCGGUAUACCGCGCUGGAUAUGUCUUUGUUCCACCAAUUCCUAAAAUCGUGUCUAAUAGACCGAAUCUGAAACUCGGACAAGAUGGAAUCACACCGAAUUUCAACAGUCUCGUAGACCUGGUCAAUGAAGUACUGGCAGACGACCAUACCAGUACUGAUCCAGAUCCAAACACAUCAUUACAGACUCGCAAAACGCCUCUAGACGCACCGCAAUGCUUACAAAUUGCCAGAGAGCUCAUCUAUGAUCGGGCUGUAUAUCCACUUCCAGGGCCAAAGAACAAGUCUCUCGAAGACAUGUAUAGUAAUCCCAAUGUGGCCAGCUCAGACGACCAGGACAGGAAACAGUUUGAGGCCGACAUCAAUGCCUAUUAUUCACAACAUGACGCUGAGGCAACUCAACUUAGCAAUUUCGUAUUCGCGGCUGCCAGUGCCAUUGAAUGCGAAAAGUCUAGUAUAGCUCUGUCAUCCGCCAGCAUCUCCUUUCAGAUAGUAUCGCAGCCAAAUCAGCAGCCACCCUUCGUCAGCAAAGCAGUUAUUGUCAAGGGCGUCACCAGUGGGACAAACCCAGACAGCCAUCUCUCGCCUACUUUUGGCAUACCUGCAGCCUUCUUUUACGCCCUUGGUUUCAGUCUACCAAGUCAGUUGAAUACUCAAGAUCGUCUUACUAGCGCUUAUAUCGCUUCGGAGGCUGCAAAUUUGAAGAAACUUCAAGCCGCCGUGGACGGAGGCAUUAUCAAUAAAGCAGAGUCUGCUAAAACAUCCACAGACACCUUAUUGAAGAACUUGAAUAUACAACAAGCUGCGAGGCGUAUUGACGCACUAGGACCAGCGCCGGCAUCCCUCACGACACUCCAGCUAAAUGACGAUGUGUCCUCGUUGAUAACUGACUGGUUAAAUUACAAUGGCGACUCAUCCAAUAUCAGUGCAUUUUGGAAAGCAGAAAGCACCUCGCAGGCUGCGCAGUAUCUCCACCUAGUGAUGAGUUGUAUCAUCGCAGAGAAAACUGCAUUGGAAAAGGAAAUCACAACAGCUCUCACAAUCUCAACUGUGAUUCAGUUGGCUGCAGUUAAGGAUGACGCUUGGAGAGCAUUUUGGAUGCCCGCAAAGUCGUCACCAGCAGACACUACGCCCGACGAUCGGGCAGCUCUUUUGCCAAAUUACACUAUCCCAGGCUCUGUUAAACAAAGAACAGAGGCCUUCAUUCGUUUUCUAAAGACUCUUUUCAGUGUGGGUGAGGCUACGCACGGCGCUGAUCCUCCAACUACGGGAGAUAUUCAAGUGCUUGGCCGGCCAGCACAAGAUAUUCUCCAACUAUUCUUUAAUGCUUUACCCAGUUUUACUUUUGCGGCUGCCAUCGAUGAUGGUGCAAUCACCACAGCUCUCGACUCUCUUCAGGUGGAUGACAAGCUCAAGGCUUGGGCAAAGCAGGCAAUCAAGACAAUCGGCUUUCUCUUUACAAUUACCACAUUCCAGAACACCGACAAACAGACAGCGCCACAGCAGUUUUCCCUGAUUGAAAGUCUGUUUGCGCGUGGGUUUAUAACCCCCAAUCGCAUCGCCGUGUUGACAAAGUCCCAGUUUCACACAGCUUUGUCCGGAACUGUGGCUUAUUAUCCCACAUCAUCGGGUGCUCUCAUCUCAGAUCUUAUUUACGCCAUUGCAUAUCCUCUGUCGACCAAUGUUCCAAGCUUGGGACCCGAGGCAGACGAUGGCUUCAGUCCAAUCAAUCCCGGGAAUCUGGUGGACUGUAUUCCACCCAAGUAUCUCUCUCCAUUCAGUCUCAAUAUGUAUCUUAAGCUUCUCCUACUUCUCAUGGUGACUACAAAGUCAACAGAUCAGUCCGUUGCGACGGUACUUCAGACUCGCCGAGGCGCCUUGAACUCUCUGGAAGUGUCACCUCGCAAUGCAGACGUGGCCGUUCCGCUUAUUGACCUUGCCAACGAGAGUUUGGAGGCACUUGUUGAACAAGUCGCCGCAGGCACAAUAACAGGAGCAGCAAUAUUCAACACAGAAUCUCCAGAUAUCACGGAAUUAGGUUUUCCUUCGUUGGACAUGCCAUUCAAACUUGAAGAGAUUCUCUCUGCUUUGCCCCAACACUCAAGCCCCCAUCUUCCCAACCCUCCUACAAAAGCCUACGACAUUCUGAAACUAGACUUUUCAUCGCCGCUUCUACCAUAUGAUCAGGAAUUGGAUAUUAAUCGCACAUAUCUUAAUUUCUUGCGAACGUCUAGGUUCGAGGUAAUGAGGACAUUCCGUGCAAACAUCACCUCCUUUGCUCUUGAUGCCUCCAAAGAGCCAACUGAUUUCCGGAAAACGCUCUGGCGAUAUCCUGUGCGUCCAGAUAUUGCUCUUGAGUACUUGAUGAUAUCAAGUGUUGAAAAAGAGUAUCUAUUUACUCGUCGCCUAGACGCAUCAAACAUUCCCGGUCUCUAUGGUUACUCAUCUGGUGAUGAAGGCUGGCUUAUCGAUCUAUCUUCGUUGCCUAACUUUCUCAAAAGAACAGGACUGUCCUACUGUGAGUUCUACGAGUUUUGGAAAACAGGUUUUAGCGAUAUUCAGCGCUCUGUGCCAAGUCUUGAAGCACUCAGUUUUGGUCAGCGGGAGCAGGCGACCGCAGCUUUAUGGAAGAUUGCAGUCUUCAUACGACUCUGGCGCAAGGUAGAAGGUCACUACGGUGGCGGCAAGGUGUCACUCAAAGCAUUUGCAGCUAUUUGUCAAACGCUUGGGCUUUUCACAAAUGACGACAUUAACCCAGACUUUACCUAUCAGCUCGCAUCAUUUUUCAUGCUUUGCGACAGGUUUUGUUUGCCGAUGUGUGUUGUGGAACGCCCGGCAUCAUCGAGUGAAACAGCAGUUCAGGAUCUCAACUAUUAUCUUCCAGUGCUGGGCAUUUGGACAGACAAUUUACCGGAUGAGGGAGCUCCACAUGCAGCCAUUCGUCUAUUCCUAAAGGGAAUUGAGUGUUUUGCUAUGUCAAAGUACAGUUGUUGCGCACGUGGCGCUGAGUUCUGUAAAAUCCUGUCAGAGAAUCUCUCGGAUUUGAGUAUUCUAUUCGGCUUCACUCGCGACAUUGCCUGGAACGCCAAACCAGCAUGUACACUGCGGUUUGCCGAAAUUCUGGCCAAAAUAUACGCCUCACCAUUCAGUGUGGGCGAGUUGAUCUUCCUCUUCACGACGAACACUCAGCUUGAAGGGGACGACCCGUUUCCCUGGACCGAGCCUGAUGAGUCAAGAGUCGAUCCUCUGAACGUUCCUGAGGAUGACAGAAGAUACGGACUAUGGUCUUUGAGGCGCGAGCUUCUUCACAUUCAUCCUGAGGAUACAGAGACUGAAUGUUGGUCAUGGGAAAGAAUUGUCAGGACCCUUCGUGACGACUUUGACUUCAAAGAUCACGAUGCCCUCACAAAGCUUGCGGAGCAUUUCUUCCCGCAUGCUUUACACUAUUCAGUGCCAUCACAUAAGAGAAGAUUUUCAACUACACUGAGAUCGGAAGACACAAGUCCACAUAUGUGGGAUUCUCCGCCUUGUCAGCCAUUCCACUAUAACGAUGCAACGUCCGAGUUGUGGACCGAGAUACCCCUGACAGAUGAAGAUGUUCUAAGGAAGCUGGCACACAUCCGCCAGCUUCGGGAUCAAUCCCAAGAUGGUGGCAAAUCAGAAACUAAGGCUAUAAAGGAACUCUACUUCCAGCCAAGAGCAAUGCUUUCGCCUUUUGCAGCCAUUCUUGGGGAGCUUUCUGAGGCCAUCAAGCGUUUGGUUGAAGAAUCACGCGAAGAAGAGAGAUUCAAAUUCUUCCAGUGCCAAUUUGCCAUAUUUUACAAGAGAUGUCAAGUACUAGCAGCUCAUCUUGCUGCUCAUGGUAGUACAUAUGCAGAUUCUAAAUGCUGUGGAAGAGAAGAAGCAUUCGAAUGCGAACGCUCGAAGAAACUGGCCUGGGAUAUCAUCAAGCGUCUAAUUGCGGAUGAGAACUUGCCCGGACAGACUCCCUGGGAGAAUGACUCAGGAGUCUCUCCGGGUUUAGACACGUUCACAUGGGAACCAAAGCUUUCCGGCGGUGCCUUUGCAGCACUCCUGGGCCUGACAGGAACUGGCUUAGUAGGAGACUUCCAAGUCGCGGCAGCACAUAGCACAUGGCAAGAGAUCAGAGGACCAAUGUCCGCAUUUGGCUGUGUGCUGAACAGGGAGAAUGUUCCUGUGCCAAUGGUCAUUCCGAAUUUGUUAGUUCAACCAACAGUCGAGGAACAGCAAGUUGUGCACUUCCGCAACGGUUUCGUAUUUGACGACAUCACAGCGGAGAACCUUGGUGGAGCACAAUCGUUCAAAGUGAAGUGGCAAGGGCUCCUUCUCAUCGAAAACGAUGGCUGUUACAACUUUUGUGUUGACCGUCCUCGCUUUGACAGGAAGCAUGGAGAGAAUAAACACCAUCAUCGUGAAUGUGACGAUCACUGCGAUUCUGCAAAGUGGUCUGUGAAGCUUCGUAGGGGGCAAAAGCACUGGACUAUACUCGGACACGGUGAACCGGAUCAUGGACACGAAAGAGACCGUUUACAUGAUUCUGUCUCACUACUACACGGUGCUUACGAAAUCGAGAUACACUUUGAGCAGCCCAAGGCCAAGUGGGAGGAGGAUGAGCGACCUGAUCACAUACACACAGGGUUCGGCGUUAAAUAUUCUGGGCCGGACACCGAAGACUGCUCUAUAUUCAUCCCUGCUCAAAACUUGUAUAUCAAGUCAAAGGAUGGGCCGCUAGAUAUUCCGCGUGAAGAACAAGGCGGAAGUGCAGAAGACUUCGUGCGUAAGAGAUACUUCAGCACAAUUCGAGACAUCCGUCGCACGUACCAAAGGGCAUUCAAGGCUUUCCUGUUCGCUCACAGAUUUUGUUUAUCGACAGAGCCAUGUGGAUGCUGUCGCAGCACAUCAGAGUUAGAUUACAUGCUUGACCACGAGGCCAAUUUCUCUGGUGCCGCCUAUUAUCCAGGAUCGUCGAGUUCUGAAACUCUCACAACUACGACGUCAUCGGGACAGUACUUGACGCAUCUUGCAAACUUUGACUUCAACUUCCUUCCAGUCAAUGACGCGUAUUACCCCCCUGAUAGAAAUCGGGAUAAUCGCGCUGGUCCCUCUCCGCAACGCAGCUCAGCCAUGUUCGACUGGUGGGAACGUACAUACGACUAUCGCUGCUUGAGUCAGGAGAUUGAGAGACUCAAAAUAUGUUAUGGACCAUUAUGGAGGCUCUUUUUCGAAUCAUCAACUCAAGUAGCGACAGACACUGCCAGUCUGGUACGAUAUCUCGGUGUGGACUUGGGUUUGUCCAGUCUUACAUUGACUUACUUUGAGAACAAGCCGGUCAAGUCCGCAGAUCUCCAAGAUGAGAGGUGGCCAAUUCGUAUAUACCAUGCCUGGAAUGUCAUCACUACUUUAAAGCAAGUUCUCAGCAGCAAAGCAACGCACGCAGCCCUUCCUGAUUUAUGGGCGUCUAAUUCUCCAAGCACGACGCUGAAUCAUGGUGACCCAGCACCACAAAGAACUGGCAACCAGAAUUUGAUAUACGUGGUGACCAAAUCUCUGCUUCCAGAUCAAGAGACGCCGCGGUUUGAGUCUCUGAAGAGUCUGAACGAUUGCCUUAGACUUCGUGCGUAUAAUGCUCUUGUGGCGUAUCUUUGUGGUCUAGGGAGAAUGUCCAUGAACUUCUUGACCACGAAUAGCGAGGAGAGUGCUCCUAUUGCACAAGAUUCUAGCGAUCUUUCCGCUCUACUACUGCAGGAUCUUGAUGUUGGAGUUUGUCAAACAGGUACUAGGAUUGGUGAAGCCAUUUCCUCGAUUCAAAAGCUUGUCCAGCGCAUCAAACUAGGUCUCGAACCUCAAAUUACCCUGUCAAACACCUUUACCAAGUCGUGGGGUGCAAACUUUGGUUCAUAUAAUUUGUUCCAGGCUUAUGCCAAGCGGGUCAUGUAUCGCGAGAACUGGAUUCAGUGGGAAGAGCUAGACGCAGCCAGUCAGUCCGAUGCGGCCAAAUUCCUGAAGCAAAGUUUCUCAGUUCGUGGCCUCUCUGUCCCGAAUCCUUCGCCACCAUUCGUUGGAGCGGGUAACAGCCUGCUUCCGAGAACUCAUGGGUUAGAUUCCACUCAAAGUAUGGUUCUUGCUAGGCUGGGUACGUCAACAAAUCUCGAAGAUGAAGGCAUUAGCCUGAUGGGAACCCCAUACCGUUCUUCUCAGCCAACAUUGUUGUCAUCUCUCGCUUCUCAGCCUGACUCUCACACACCUGGCAGCUCUGAAGAUCCCGGGAACGGCGGUGGAGGUACCGAUGUCCCCAGACUCAUGUCUUUGCUACCCGUGUCGGAGGAUCAGCCAAGUAUUCCCCUUUGGUUCCAAGCAGCAGUUAGACUAGGAACGUCCUUUAUCCGAAUUGCGGCAGCAGGGCUUCCCCCGGGAAUGUGGCACAGUUGGGAUGAGGACGAUAAUAGUGUCUCUCCGGUUCUGUGUCAUUGUGGCAAAUCCCAUGCGCCGGCGGUGGACGAGUAUUACUUCUGGCUCGAAAAGGGGCAGUACUUUGACUCCGCAGAUGCAGUCAAUGAUGGAACUAUCGGUGUGGUUCCUCCUGAUCCAACAACUGAUUGGGAGAGACCCGAGAAGUUACCGCCUCUACUACACUGGCAGAAACACUCUCAGGUAUAUUUGCAUUGGACUCGAGUGCACUACGGAGAGUUUUCUCCUCCUAGGAGAUCAACAGACAGCGUGCCGUCUAACGAUGGUGGAGAUGCGUUGAGUUUGACCUUCAGCGGCCGUCAACUUGACUCCUUACUCUUCAACUUAUUCGGCGGGACUACAAAAGGUUUCCGUUACGACAUGGCAACCGACUCUGCCGUUGCUACACCUCAAGUCGUUCCGGACACAUUCCCUUCAACUUCAGGACCAGCCGGAUUGGGAGCAUAUCCAUCAUUUGCGUAUUUCAGCCCCGGCAGUCCGAUCUUCCCAGUUUCAACAUUUGGGUCCGCCCUUGCUAUUUCAGGCUCCCUCCGUUCCCAAUGCAAGUUUGAUGAAGCCCUUGCCUGGUGCAAGUCGGUGUUUGAUCCGUUGCAGCGGGAGAAUACCUGGGCUCAGUGCAGACGGGAGGCCUCGGUGAGAAUGUCGAUGGAGCGAUUUUCUUCCCACAAUGCUACCGAGUUGGCCGAAAACCCCAGAGGCGGCGCGUCUAUAGACAAGACUUGCUGCCCUACAAGUCCCGUCCAGGUUGGUAUCGCUCGAGGGCGAGCCGCAGUGAUGGAGUACAUCCGCAUAUUGUUGCAAUGGGGUGCCAAGCUUCACUGUUUAAAUACAGUAGAGUCUUGUAAACAGGCAUUGGUAGUACUUGAUGAGGCUGUGAGACUUCUUGGUUCAAAGCCUGCAUCUAUUAAUGCCAAAGUUUCUGACAGCGGAAUACUGACGACUAUAUCGACAUUUGUACCAGCUUCUGCACCGAUCAAUCCCGUGUUGCUUGAACUAUAUGAGCAAGUUUACGAUCGCAGAGGCCUGAUAUACCGCUGUUUAGGUGCUCAGAGAUUGAAGCAGCGCUCUAACCCAUUCAACUGUUCUGUCAACGAGUCAAUUCACGAAAUUGACACUUGUAGCUGUGGGAUAGGUCAGGGUCCUUGCUGUCUGCCAUACAAAUUCACAUAUUUACUCGCAAAGUCAUACGAACUCACGUCAACUGUCAAGGCACUUGGACAAGGCCUUCUUAUGGCCCUUGAAAAGGGAGACUCUGAAUACCUCAGCUCCCUCCGCCAAUCCCAAGAGAGGCAGCUCAACGAACUGACUCUAAGCAAUAAACAAAACUCGUACCGUGAAUCAGACUGGCAAGUUCAGGCACUAGACCAACAGCUUCAGGGUGCCCAGACUCGUCUCCGAUACAACCAGCAACUUAUCCAGAAUGGCCUAAACGAAGGUGAAAACGCUUUUCUUUCAGGCACCACCGUUGCCAUGCAGUCCCGUACCGCGGGCAACAUCUCCGAAGGCAUUGGCCAAGGCAUGUCAUUCAUUCCAGACUUCACCAUGGGAGGUGCUGGAUUUGGAGGAUCACCAGUAGCAAUCUCCAAACUUCCACUGGGAUCUAAACUUGCGCAGGUCUUCCAGGCUGCGGCUCGAAUCAUGAAUGUGAUAGGAGAUAUAUCCAACACGAAUGCCACCAUAGGUAGUAUGACAGGCGGAUGGAAUCGUAGAGCCGACGAUUGGCAACAUCAAGUAGAUGUGAUUACGAUUGAGUUGCAGCAAAUCAAGAGGCAGCAACUUGCUGCAGAACGUCGUCGCGACAUUGCCCUCCGCGAUCUGAACAAUCACCAGUUGCAAAUUGAGAACUCAGCAGAGAUCGAUGCUUUCUUGGCAGACAAGUUCUCCAAGCAUGACUUAUACCUGUUCUUGCAGCAAGAAACAGCUAGUCUGUACAGGAGGACGUUUGGUCUAGCGUGGCAAACGGUCCAAGAAGCACGGGAAUCGUUGAAGCGAGAACGUCGUGACUUGGUGCCACAAGUGAAUGCGGCUCUUCCUGCCGAGAUUGGACCUUCGGGAUGGAAUACUCUCCGUGAAGGCCUAAUGGCCGGCGAGAAGCUUGACACCGGGUUAAGAACACUCGAGAGAAUGUAUAUGCGCGAAACAGGAUGUCGAGAAUACGAACUUGGCAAGUUUGUCUCGCUCCGUCUGAGCUUUCCCUUGGCGUUCCUGCAACUCAAGAUGUUGGGAUGGUGCGAAUUCGAAAUUCCAGAAUGGAUGCUUGACUUGGACUAUCCAGGACAUUACCUCCGGCGGAUCAAGAACGUCUCAGUUACAAUUCCAUGCGUUGUCGGACCCUACGUCAACGUAAACUGUCGUCUUCAGCUCCUCGGAAGCAGCACGCGUCUUGAGCCGACUCUAUCAUCUGUACCAAACUGCUGCUGCAAGUCAAGCCGAAAAUGCAUUGUUCCUUUGGAAAAACGAGAUCCAUGCUCAUCGAACUCAUGGUCACCUCAUUGUUCCAAACCAAGUGUAUCAGAAACUUGCAUAAGCGCCUACGAACACAAUGACUCUCUUUCACGAGAUUUUCUCGCCACAGAAGCCAUUGCUACAUCCUCAGGACAAAAUGACAGCGGCGUCUUUGAACUAUCCUUCCGUGAUGAUAAAGUCCGCGCACCGUUCGAAUAUGCUGGUGUGGCUGCCAGUCGGUGGAGAGUAGAGUUGCCACCGCGUAAUAACUCAUUCGAUCUCGCGUCCCUGACAGAUUUUGUCCUGCACCUUAAUUACACGGCUAAAGAAGGCGGACCUGUGCUUCGUGAGGUGGCAGAAAGGGCCGCUUGGAUGAGGUUACCAGGGGAUGGUGUUCGAUUCAUCGAUGUGCGGUCCGAAUUCCCCACGACUUGGUACAGUGCAUUUGAGGAGCCACACCAUGAGAAGAAGCAGAGGCCAGGAAAGAAGAGCGACUGCCGCGAAGAGAAACGACAUUGCGGGAGAAGAAAGGACCAUUGUCGUCGUCUUCCUCUCCAGCUGAGCAGGCGGUCAUUCCCGUUUCUAACUGGCAAACGAGAUGUUAUUGUUACUGGUGUCCAGCUAUUCAUUGACGCCACGCAACCAUGUAAGCUCGGCGCCCAUUUUCCCGUUGAGUUUAUGCCAAGGGGGGGCUGUCCAGAUGAUGGCAAGGUGUUUGAGUGUCGGUCAUCCGAGCACACACCGGGUUUCUUCCAUGGGGAAUUAAAGAACGUUCGUCUUGGGCCGUUGUGCGGCGAUCAGACGGAAGAUUUGGCGACAUUGGAGUUUCCAGAAAUUCUGGGAGAAGCAUGUAUUCGGGAUGUGUAUUUCUUGUGUUCUUAUGAAGCAGUUGACAGGGAAUGUUGUUGA